AACCCUCGCCGCCGUAGCCAUGUCGGGCGCGGUGGCGACGACCCAGGCGGUGGAGCCCCGCCCACCCGCACCCGCAGCAGCGGCGAGGGGUGGGGGAGGGGGUGGGUGCGGGGCGGCGCGGAAGCCGGCGCGGGCGGCGACGAUGGAGCACGUGCUGCUGGCGCUGCACGAGACGGAGGCGGAGAGGGAGGCGCGGAUCCGCGCCAUGUUCGGCUUCUUCGACGCCUCCGGCCGGGGCCACCUCGACCACGCGCAGAUCGAGGCCGGCCUCGCCGCGCUCCGCCUGCCCUCGGCGGCGCCCGAGGGCAAGGGCGGCUACGCGCGGGAGCUGCUCCGCGCCUGCGACCGCGACCGCGACGGCCGCGUCGGCUACGACGACUUCCGCAGGUACAUGGACGACAAGGAGCUGGAGCUCUACCGCAUCUUCCAGGCCAUCGACGUCGAGCACAACGGCUGCAUCCUCCCCGAGGAGCUCUGGCACGCCCUCCUCAAGGCUGGCAUAGAAAUUGAUGACGAGGAGCUUGCAAGAUUUGUUGAGCAUGUGGAUAAGGAUAAUGAUGGAAUUAUUACUUUUGAAGAAUGGAGGGACUUUCUUUUGCUUUACCCUCAUGAGGCAACCAUUGAGAACAUCUAUCAACACUGGGAAAGAGUUUGCCUUGUAGAUAUAGGCGAGCAGGCUGCUAUACCAGAACGAAUAAGUAAACAUGCAAGCGCAAGCAAAUAUCUAAUUGCAGGGGGUGUUUCUGGUGCAGCAUCCCGUACCGUUACUGCACCUCUUGACCGUCUCAAAGUCGUCAUGCAAGUACAAACAAACCGUACUACAGUCUUACAAGCAGUGAAGGAUAUAUGGAGAGAAGGCAGUCUGCGUGGAUUCUUUAGAGGAAAUGGAUUGAAUGUGGUAAAGGUUGCUCCAGAAAGUGCAAUAAGAUUUUAUGCCUAUGAAACAUUAAAAGAAUACAUAAUGAAAAGUAAAGGAGAAAAUAAGAGCGACAUUGGUACUUCUGGACGUCUGAUGGCUGGCGGUUUGGCUGGAGCGGUGGCACAGACAGCAAUUUAUCCCAUAGAUUUAGUAAAGACUCGACUGCAGACUUUUGCAUGUGGGAGUGGUAAAAUCCCUAGCCUUGGUGCACUAUCUAGGGACAUUUGGAUGCAGGAAGGUCCUCGAGCAUUUUACAGAGGCCUUGUUCCAUCAUUGCUUGGUAUGGUUCCGUAUGCUGGAAUUGAUCUUACCGUUUAUGAAACUCUGAAAGAAAUGUCCAAGACAUAUGUCCUCAAAGAUAGCGAUCCUGGUCCUUUAGUACAACUAGGUUGCGGCACAGUCUCAGGAGCUCUAGGAGCGACAUGUGUUUACCCUUUGCAAGUUAUCAGAACAAGACUGCAAGCUCAACGAGCCAAUUCAGAGGCUCCAUAUAGAGGAAUGUCUGAUGUUUUCUGGAAAACAUUGCAGCAUGAGGGAAUAUCUGGAUUCUACAAAGGGAUUGUACCGAAUCUUCUCAAAGUGGUGCCAGCUGCAAGUAUAACAUAUCUUGUUUAUGAGACAAUGAAGAAAAGUCUGUCUCUCGAUUAAUUUUUUCUGUUGUUUUUUGCAUAUCAGCCAUAAUUAUUGACAUGGCUGACUGUAGAGAUACUGUUGAGGCAUGGGGCACUAUUGGUUGGGUAGGUACUAACUUUUCCCCCGAAGUGAAAAAUUGUAUUUUGCCUUCAGGAAAGAGUUAAAAAGUCUUGAUAGCAAUGUUUCUCCUAAGUCUCAUUGGAAGAAAUAAGAAAAGAGUAAACUCAUCAGAUCAUCAAGAGCCCAUGAUGAGACACAGUGUGCAUUCCCGGCAUCUAGUUAGUUGUUGAGUCACGAUCUGCUGAAGGCUCCUUUUGCUCCUGAAUAAGGGGGGUAUUUUUGUUCAUAUACGAUUUGAAACCAUCACACCUGGAAGGAACUAUUUCUGCUCCUGAGCAUUGGUAGGAGCAUGAGGUGUGAUCUUCCCCUUCCUCGCAGGUGCCCAGCAGGGCACUGGUUACAUGUAUUUUGUACCUUACAUACCUACCUAGUACAUAUGUAACUGCAUGAUCAACCUGGGUAUCGUCUUGUGGUGACCCACCGCAUCAUGCAACAUAACCUAACUAACCAGAUAAAUGUAAGAAAGCGGUAUAUUGCUCACUCUUUUAUAUGCCUGGCUACCUUUCUCAUGGAUCACUGUGCUUGUAUAGCUUCAUAAGUGAAUUUUAUUUCAUGUGUUCUGUUCCGUGAUUGUAGCUGUAUUC